AUGGCACAUCAUGGCCUCACAGUGCCUCUCAUCGCGAUAAGUAUGUUCUGGGGCUUCGUCAGUUUCUCCGUUUCCUGGUUCAUCCCUAAGAGUCUUAGCAGGGUAGUUAUCAUCACCCUAUUGGUGACCUGUUCAAUUUGCUGCUGUCUCUUUUGGCUGAUUGCAAUUCUUUCUCAUCUCAGUCUUCUCUUUGGACCACAGUUAAAAAAUGAAACCAGCUGGUAUCUGAAGCAUCACUUCCUUGAGGAAGAAGACAUGCUCUAUAGUGCUAGCCGUUGAGGUUCCGAGAAGAGAAUUCCAUCUAGAUGCAAAAUCUCCUCCAGAUGGAGACCUUCUUUCUUGACUUUCCUGUUUCCAGCAUCAGCUGCCUUAAACAGUGGUACCACAUCUGAAUAUCUUGUCCUAUUUCCUCCUUCACUUUUUUACUUUGACUUAUGUGUCUACCUAACCUAAACUGUGCUGAUGCCAUGAAACGUUUAUGCACUCUUCCGAGAGACGAUGCUUUUCUGAGAAUAUUUUAUUCUCUCCUUGGAAUCUGUGGAUUUGAAGAUGGCUCCUGUCUUCUCGUAACAUGGGAAUCAGUGAAGUGUUUAAAAACUGCUGCAAGAUAAACAAGACUGCAAUGGGCAGUCAGUAGGAGAGCAUGCUCAGAGAGAGGCUGUGUCACAACACUUACACCAAAGUAUAUUUUCAGGACGAGCUUCUUACCUCUUCCAUCUCUUGGAAUAAAAUGUUUUUCUACUUCCAAAAUAA